AUGUCUGCUAGAAUUGCCGUUGCGGGCGCCACGGGCUCUGCAGGUAUCCCGAUUAUUAAUGAGUUGUUGAAAGCCGGGCAUCAUGUUACCGCACUUAGUCGAAGUGGAAGCAAUGGGUUUUUUAAGCUUCCUAAGCAUCUGAAUUUGGAGGUGGCUGAGGUUGAUUACAACUCUGUCGCUUCACUCAAAGCUGCGCUGCAAAAUCACGAUGUUGUUAUCGCAACAUUGCCGGUUGAUAUACCAAUUGGCAGCCAGGACACACUCAUUGAUGCCGCUGUUGCUGCUGGUGUGAAUCGCUUCUUUCCGGCCGAGUUUGGUACCGACACCGACAAUGACAAGUGCAUGAAGCUUCCUGUAUUUGCAAACAAGAUGCAUGCUCUUGAGUAUCUUAGAGCUAAGGUCGCCAAGCAUCCCAACUUCAGCUACACCGCUAUCUGCACUGGAUCUUUUCUAGACUGGGGUUUGCAAGCUGGCUUCUUAGUUCACCCCAAAACGCAUAGUGCUACUAUCUAUGAUGAUGGUAACCUUCCGUUUAGUACGACUACUCUUGCGACGAUUAGCAAGGCUGUUGUGUCCAUGAUCAAUCAUCUUGAUGAGACAAAGAAUCGCCAUGUCUACAUCCAUGAUGCAGUAGUUACACAAAACAAGCUCAUUGAUCUAGCGAAGAAUAUGGACGGCAAAGAUUGGAAGUUGACAUACGUCGACUCGGAUGUUGUCUCAGCAGAAGCACAUAUUGAAUUCAAGAAGGCAAGCUCAGAUGUGAAAAGGGGACUUAUGCCUCUUUUGCACAUCUCUGUGCUUGGAAAGGGUUACGGAGGGGAUUUUUCGGAGCAUCUAGAUAACGAGCUUCUUGGCAUCAAACUCAUGAGCGACGAAGAGCUUGGAGAUGUGAUUGCUGAGUACUUGUGA